AUGUCUUUUGCAAAUAUCGACCUCGAAGCUCAAAAGAAGCCGUUGAUACAGAAAGGUGCUGUAGACAAGUAUACUGAUGCUGAAUCUAAUCAUUUGGAUAAGAUUAUCGAUAAGACUUCGAAGCAACUACAAACAUUUAAUCAACAAAUCUUACAAUUUGACCAACAAAGAAGACAGCUAGGCUCAAGGCGAGAUUGCGUACAGCUUCGUUCUAAUAUUGAUAAUUCCAUUGACCACAUAAACGAGUUGUAUAUUGCGAUACAGCACUUAAUAUCUAACUUAUCGCAAUUGAUCAAUGUAUCGGCAGGAGACAAAUCGGAUGGUACCGAUAAGCUCAAGGUCAGUAGCCGUCAUAUCGUUAUCAAGGAAAGGCUUGUAAGUGAGUUUAAUGAGUUGGACAAGAAAUUCAAACGGCUGGUUAAGGUGUAUCAGGAAAAGAAAAGAGUCACACCUAUUAUCUCCAAAACAGACCCUCAAAGAGACAAUAAAGAACCAACUCACUAUGAUUCAUAUCAAGUCCAACAACAGACGCAAUUGGAGCCCGAGUUAGAUCAAGAUUUGGUUGAGCAAACUGAAUUACAAUAUCACUUACAAUUGACAGAGGAGCGAAAUCGAGAAAUCGAACAAGUAACAGAGGGGAUAAUGGAGGUGAAUUCGAUAUUCAAAGAUUUGGAUCAGCUUAUACAUCAACAAGGUGAACAGCUCAAUACAGUCGAGGAUAAUAUAUUGCAACUACAUGGUAAUACUCAACAGGCAGAUAGAGAGUUGACAAAAGCAAACAACUAUCAAAAACUGAAAAGUAAGUGGUCUUGCAUUUUGCUCACAGCGUUGACAAUAAUCGUAUUAAUAGUAGUUCUCGCAGUUGUUAGCUAA